GAAUUUCAGAGAGGGUCAGGGCGGCUCCAGGGAUGCGGGCACUGCGGUAAAGCUGUUCCCGACAACUGCGCACCUUGCCCCAGUCUCCUGCUGUGGCUAACCAGGCCAGCAGCGUCCGCUGUCGCCAUUGUCCCACGUCAGGACCACCAUCCAGAACCACCUGUGACUCCUGACAACGGCUCCAAGCCACUGGUAACCCCUGACAACCGCCGCCAGCUCCGCGACACCGUAAAAUCACCGCUAGCCACCCACCCGGGUGCCCAGGGCGCGCCAUGAAGUCUGCCUCCAGCUCACGCGGGGGUGGGUCGGGUGGCCGUGGGGGUGGUAGCUGGGGCUGGGGCGGGGGGCGGGGAGGAGGGGGCAAGGGAGGAGGAGGCGAUGGCGGCCCCGGGGGCAAGAGCGGUUUUGGCGCGCGGGCGCGUGGCUUUGGCGGCGGUGGCGGUGGCCGGGGCCGGGGGCGCGGAGGGGGGGACAGUAGGGACCGUGGUGGCAGCGGGCAGCGGCGUGGCGGUGUGGGCAAAACCAAAAACCGCCGCAGGAAGUGCGCUAAUACUGUGACGGUGGAGCCACACAGGCACGAAGGCGUCUUCAUCUAUCGUGGAGCGGAGGACGCGCUCGUCACGCUGAAUAUGGUGCCGGGCCAGUCGGUGUACGGCGAGCGGCGGGUCACUGUGACAGAGGGCGGUGUGAAACAAGAGUACCGCACAUGGAACCCCUUCCGCUCCAAGCUGGCAGCGGCCAUCCUGGGCGGGGUCGACCAGAUUCACAUCAAGCCCAAGUCCAAAGUGCUGUACCUGGGCGCUGCCUCAGGGACCACGGUCUCUCAUGUCUCUGACAUCAUCGGCCCGGACGGCGUGGUCUACGCAGUUGAAUUCUCCCACCGCGCUGGCCGCGAUCUGGUGAACGUGGCCAAGAAGCGAACCAACAUCAUCCCGGUUCUGGAAGAUGCCCGGCACCCGCUCAAGUACCGCAUGCUUAUAGGGAUGGUGGACGUGAUCUUUGCCGACGUGGCCCAGCCUGACCAGUCUCGGAUAGUGGCUCUGAAUGCCCACACCUUCCUGCGCAAUGGGGGCCACUUUCUCAUUUCCAUCAAGGCCAACUGCAUCGACUCCACUGCAUCUGCGGAGGCGGUGUUUGCUUCCGAGGUGAGGAAGUUGCAGCAGGAGAACUUAAAGCCCCAAGAGCAACUGACCCUGGAGCCCUACGAGAGGGACCACGCUGUGGUCGUGGGCGUGUACCGGCCCCUUCCCAAGAGCAGCAGCAAGUAGCACCCAGCAAGGGCUGUCCCCGCGAUGUCCCCAACACUGUGCUGUGUUCAGUAUAACUAUGUAUGUGUUUUCUUCAUGGCUUGUUUUUCUUUCGUCUAUUAAAUGGCAUAAAGAAACAGUA